AUGGCCAAGUGGGAGUUGAUGCUGCCAGGCUUCCGCGGCAUCGCGGUCUGUUUCGGGCAGGAGGGAGGCUCGGUGCAGUGCGGCGUCGGGGUCGAAGCCGGCUCGGUCCGGCUCAACAUGACGAGCUCGGAGUCGUCCGUCACGGCGGACACCGUCAACGCCUCCGACCUCACGCACUGGAAGGGGAUCCUGAAGGGCCCAGAAGGCACUCCCUACGAGGGCGGCGUCUACACCAUUGACAUCAAGAUUCCGGGCGACUACCCGUACAACCCGCCCAAGAUGAAUGUGCGUGCAUACGGCAAGAAGCCGAACAGUGAGCGCGUGUGCGAGACGCGAGCGUAUGCUGGCACAUGUUUCCCGUGGGGUGAAUCUUGA